UCUUGUUCCGUUCCGUAAUGGCUUCCGCACCAGGGGGGCAAGAAACCGCCCGUAUCAAACGGAAAAGCUACUAACUUUCGCCUCGCAACGGGGAAGGAUGCCCAACAAUGCCGGAGGUCUCUUCACCAGUAUAUCAUCGUCUCCACCAUCACCGACGAUUUGUUAUCUGGGGUUUUCUUUCGAGAAUUUUCUCGAUGUCCAUAAUUCCGGCCUCUGUUUUAAGGAAUCUUGCUGAUAAGCUAGACGAGAAGCGCAAGAAUGCAGCAUAUGAGGUCGGAGUCAUCGUAAAGCAAUUUGCUCAGGCGGGAGAGCAUGAAAAGAUAGCGGCUGUAAUUAAUCUGCUAGCCAUUGAAUUUACGUGUUCUCCGCAGCCCAACCAUAAAAAGGGGGGUUUACUGGCGUUAGCUGCAGCUACACUUGCUCUGUCUUCAGAAGCUUCUCGGCAUCUGGAGGAAAUUGGACCACUAGUGAUUAAUUCUUUUAUUGACCAAGACAGUAGGGUUCGAUAUUUUGCUUGUGAAGCAUUAUACAACAUAGCAAUGGUUGUUAGAGGAGAAAUUAAUGUAUUUUUCAAUCAGAUUUUUGAUGCACUCUGUAUGCUCUCAGCAGACUCAGACCUCAAUGUACGAAGUGCUGCUCAUCUUCUUGAUCGACUCAUGAGGGAUAUUGUAACUGACAGUCAUGAAAUCAGCAUAGAAGAAUUUAUACCUUUGUUACGGGAACGCUUGAAUGUGAUAAAUCCCUAUGUUCGAUUAUCCUUGUUGAAUUGGAUUACUGUGUUGGAUAAUGUUGCAGGGAUUGACAUGCUUAGAUUCCUUCCAGAUUUUCUUGAUGGUUUGUUCAAUAUGCUGAGUGAUUCUAGCCAUGACAUACGUGAGCAAGCUGGGACUCUAAUUUCAGGAUUUCUACAAGGAAUGAUGAAUUCUAAGAAUGUAGAUUUUGGUCGUGUGGCUGAAAUUUUGGUUCGAAGGGCAACUUCUUCUAAUUCAUUUAGCAGGCAAAUCUCCAUCAAAUGGAUAGAUGAGCUUUUAAAAGUUGGUGGAAACCAGCUUGUUUCUUAUUAUGCUGAUAUUCUUGGAGCAAUUCUACUCUGCAUAUCUGACAUAGAAGAGGAAGUAAGAGUUGUGGCUCGUGAGACCAAUGAAGAGCUUUGGGCAAUUUGUUCUGACCCAGCUGAGAAAUUUGAUGUAGGAGCCAUCUUGUCUGUUGCAAUGACAAAAUUAGCUACUAAAUUUGUUGCAACAAGACUGGAAUCUCUUCACUGGAUUCAGAGGCUUCUAGCUUGUCAUCAUUCCGAGGCCAUGACAUACUUGAAUGACAUAUUUGACUCCCUUUUGAGAACAUUAGCAGAUCCCUCGGAUGAGGUUGUCCUGCUUGCGCUGGAAGUUCAUGCAUGCAUGGCAAAAGUCACUCAACAAUUUCAACAUCUUGUGGUUUCUCUGAUCAGCACCUUCCGCUCCAAUCAUAUUCUUCUUGAGAAGCGUAGUGCUUUGAUAGUACCUCGGCUCUGCGUUCUCUUGGAUGCCGAACGUGUGUACAGAGAAUUUUCCCAAAUUCUUGAGGGUGAAAAAGAUCUUAGUUUUGCAUCAAACAUGGUGCAAGCUCUGAAUUUGGUUCUCCUUACCUCGUCUGAAUUGACCGACUUGAGAAAUCUUCUGAAAAAAUCAUUGAUGGAUCCUGCCGGCAAAGAUUUAUUUUUGUGCUUGUAUUCUUCUUGGUGUCAUUCACCAAUGGGAAUCAUAAGUUUGUGCUUACUUGCUCAGGCCUACCACCACGCCAGUGCUGUAAUUCAAACACUGGCGGAGGAAGACAUGAAUGUGAAGUUCUUGAUGCAGUUAGACAAGCUCAUAAGCCUGCUGGAGGCUCCAGUGUUUACUCACUUAAGAUUGCAGCUUCUGGAUCCUAGCAGAUGUGCAUGGCUGUUGAUGACACUUUAUGGCCUCUUGAAUUUGCUGCCUCAGCAAAGCGCAGCCUUCAAGAUAUUAAAAACUAGAUUAAAAACCAUUCCUCCACACACCCUGUCUGAUGAUCAACUCAAACGGGAAGGGAAAAUUGUCAAUGACAUUAACUUUGAAUCUCGGCUGCAAGAGUUUAAGAACAUGCAGAACCGGCAUCGGAUGCAUUCGAGAUCUUCCUGUACAAAUUCUGGACAAUUUCAUCAACCCAGACUGCGCCAAUCUCGACGUGCCAGUCGUGUUCAUUUUAAAUAGUUUUCUCUAUUUCAGGUAAAUAUAUGAAUUCAGUGGGUUUAUAAUAGUUAUCAUAGUCUUUCGUAGUUUAGGAAAGGUGUUAGGGCAGAGAUUAGGAUUAGGGUUAGUUUCAUAAACGAGCUGUUAUUUUUUCCUGCUCAUAUCGGCUAUUUAUAUUCU